UUCUGUGGGGCCUAUAUUCAAUACGGGGUCUAUAUAAUAACCCGCAAAAUUUAUGCCCCGUAAAUACGUUAACUAUGUGCAGAGAUGUCAUAGCUUCAUUGUGCAUAAAUCGGUCUGAAAUCGAAAUCAAAAUUGCAUUGUCUCCCUUACUCUAAGUCACAACUUAAUCUAGAUCAUCUACACGCUUGCAUUGUCUGGUACCCUGCCUUCUAUACUACCGAUAACGUACUUUAAGGGGAACAAACCCAGACUUAGCGCGGGAAGAGAUUCAACUUCCGGUAACAGAGUGGAUGAAUGCGGAAAGACAGCCAGAAUCUUUUAUGUAUAAAGAAAAUGAGGCCUGGAAGAAAGAAACCUGAGGAUGUGGCAGCAGAGUGCAUUGAAGCAGGAGAGGAUCUCAAAGAUUUUGUGAUUGAACAUAUACCACCAAAAGGUCGUGGUGUUAGAACAACGGUUACAAGAAGGAAAGGAGACUUCUUGAUGAUAUAUCCUGGUGAAUUGUUAACAGAAGAAGAAGGGGAGGAACGCGAAGUCAAAAAACCAUCAGUUUACAGAUACUUUUUCAAUUAUAGAAGUAGAGGGUGGUGUGUUGAUGCUACAAGUGAAUUAGAUGUGGGGCCUCGACUAGGUCGUCUGGUGAAUCACGGCCGUAAAGAUAGAAAUUGUGUUAUGAAAACCCUAGAGUUCAACAAAAGACCGUAUCUUUGCUUGUUUGCUGUGAAAGAUAUUCCUCAAGGUGAAGAAUUACUGUAUGAUUACGGCAUUAAGGAUAUACCUUGGGAGAGAAAAACUGUCACAGAGCACAGGGUGGAGGCUCAGGCUACAGACACUCAUGAGAACAUAUUUGAGGUCCUGAAUACAGCAACUCAGAUCAGACAAGAAGCCCAAACUACAGAUAAUUCACAGGACAAACUAGAGGCCCAGACUACAGAAAAUCUGGAGAUGAUGCUGGAGAUCCAAACUACACACAAUCUACAGGACAUAUCAGAGGCCCAGACUACAGAAAAUCUAGAGGUCAUGCUGAUGACCCAAACUACAGACGAUCUACAGGACAUAUCAGAGGCCCAGACUACAGAAAAUCUAGAGGUAAUGCUGAAGACCCAAACUACAGACGAUCUACAGGACAUAUUAGAGGCUCGGACUACAGACGAUGUAGAGGUUGUGCUGAAGACCCAAACUACAGACAAUCUACAGGACAUAUCAGAGGCCCAGACUGCAGAAAGUCUAGUGGUCAUGCUGAAAACCCAAACUACAGACAAUCUACAGGACAUAUUAGAGGCCCAGACUACAGACAAGGUAGAGGUUGUGCUGAAAACCCAAACUACAGACAAUCUACAGGACAUAUCAGAGGCCCAGUCUACAGAAAAUCUAGAGGUCUUGCUGAAGACACAAACUACAGACGAUCUACAGGACAUAUCAGAGGCCCAGUCUACAGAAAAUCUAGAGGUCUUGCUGAAGACACAAACUACAGACGAUCUACAGGACAUAUCAGAGGCCCAGUCUACAGAAAAUCUAGAGGUCUUGCUGAAGACACAAACUACAGACGAUCUACAGGACAUAUCAGAGGCCCAGUCUACAGAAAAUCUAGAGGUCUUGCUGAAGACACAAACUACAGACGAUCUACAGGACAUAUCAGAGGCCCAGACUUCACACAGUCUAGGGAAUAUGCUUGAGACAUUGACUACAGACAAUCUACAGGACAUAUUAGAGGCCCAGACUACAGACAAUGUAGAGGUCAUGCUGAAAACCCAAACUACACACAAUCUACAGGACAUAUCAGAGGCCCAGUCUACAGAAAAUCUAGAGGUCUUGCUGAAGACACAAACUACAGACAAUAUACAGGACAUAUUAGAGGCCCAGACUUCACACAGUCUAGGGAAUAUGCUUGAGACAUUGACUACAGACACUCUAGAAAACAGGUUAGAUGCCGAGAUUUUAUUCAGUCUGGAGGAUAUGAUGGAGGCCAAGACUACAGACAAUCUAGAGAAAAUGCUAGUGACAAAGACUAAAGACAGUCUGGAGAAAAUGCUAGAGAACCAGGCUACAGACACUCCUGAAAACAUGUUAGAGACCAUGACUACAGACAAUCUAAAGAAUAUGGUGGAGGCUGAUACUAAAGAUACCCAUAUGAGGAAGAUGGCAGUGCAACCUUCCAGUCUGAAGUCUAUACAGGCUGCUGCAGAGGAGCUGAUCAAACAAACCAAUGAUCUGCAGGAUUAUUGUGUGAAAGAUUGUUCUCAAGGCACCAACAAGUUUUUGAAUGACCUACAGCAUUUGUCAUGUGAGCUGAAGCACCUGUCCAACAGGCUAGUCAAUCAAAAGUCAGGGAUGGUGUCAAGCCUUGCUCCUGAAAAGCGAGAAAACCUAGAUGAACUUGAAUUACAGAACUUGAACAUGAACCCACUCAACCAGCCAAUAGAUUCUUCUGCUGAAUUGAUGCAGAUAGAAGACAAGCCCUUCCUGUCCAAUGCCACCAGCUUGCACAUCAGACAGGACAAUACGGAUUCUGGACUUGAUGUUGAGAUGGGUGAGAGUGAAGAGUAUAUGCUCAAGGUGACCAAUGAUAGUGUUGUUAACAUCUCCAGCAAGAGUUUCCAGAAAAGGCAAGUUGCUGUGGUUGAUCCGUCUUGGAAAACUCCUGAAAAUAAAUUUGGACAUGAUCUUGUUGACCCACCAUCAGAUGAUGAAAGUAUUGUACUGUCUUCUGGUUCAAGCUAUGUGCCAUCAGGACAGUCAGGAGAGGGAACAGGAAAUAGCAAGCAGCCAUCUUGGAUUUAUCAUGUGCUUUUAUGGAAAUUGAAAAUUGUGGAAUUAUUUUUUUUAAACAGUUUAUAUUAAAUGUUCAACUAAUUACUUUUUCAAGAAAAAUGACUUUUUUUAUUGGAGGAACUAGUUAUGGAAGAAAAUAGAACUGCACGUUCUUAUAUCAGAUUGAAGAGAUGUGCACAUCUAUUUGCAUGUGUAGAAUUUUGCAGUGUUAAAAAUUUUGAUUUCCAUGUGGAUGAAUACAGUAAACGAAUUUAUUUAUUUGACAACAAAAGUGUAAGAGAACUUUGGCAAUUUAUUUUGAACUGUGAAUAUAGAGGAGCUUGUAUUGUAAAUAUAAUUCCAGAUGUUGUACCUGAGUGAUCAAUGUGGUUGGUUGAUUUUGUUAACAUUUUGUAAGUACCUGUCAAGUCUCAUGCUUAAAGUACAGGCAACGGGACUCCCAACAAAAGUUGUGAUAUGCGGGGAGCUAGUUUCGUCGCAAACAGCGACAAAUUUUAUGCUAUAGAGCGAACUUUUGUUGCAGAGCGCGGACAGAUCUACAGUGAAAAUUUGCUCACUAAAGCAAUUUCACGACAAUGUUUUAGCAAAUUUUUGCCAUUAAACUAAAUUUACUAAUGGUCAAUAAAUGGAAAUACAUAAAUGUGAAUAAUUUCAUUUUUAUUGUUAGCUCGACUAUUCGAUAAGAAUAAGUAGAGCUAUUGCAGUCACCCGAGCGUCGGCGUAACCACUUAUGUUAAAGUUUUUGUAAUAGUUCAAAUAUUUUCAAAGUCCAUAGACAUAUGGCUUUGAAACUUUGCACACUUGUUCACCAUCAUGACCCCAACCUGUAGACAGGAGGUGGUAACUCUAUCAAGCAUUUUGACAGAAUUAUGCCCCUUUUUCGACUUAGAAUUUACGUUAAAGUUUUUGUAAUAGUUCAAAUAUUUUCAAAGUCCAUUGACAUAUGGCUUUGAAACUUUACACACUUGUUCACCAUCAUGACCCCAACUUGUAAACAGGAGGAGGUAACUCUAUCAAGCAUUUUGACAGAAUUAUGCCCCUUUUUUGACUUAGAAUUUACGUUAAAGUUUUUGUAACAGUUCAAAUAUUUUCAAAGUCCAUUGACAUAUGGCUUUGAAACUUUACACACUUGUUCACCAUCAUGACCCCAACCUGUAGACAGGAGGUGGUAACUCUAUCAAGCAUUUUGACAGAAUUAUGCCCCUUUUUCGACUUAGAAUUUACGUUAAAGUUUUUGUAAUAGUUCAAAUAUUUUCAAAGUCCAUUGACAUAUGGCUUUGAAACUUUGCACACUUGUUCACCAUCAUGACCCCAACCUGUAAACAGGAGGAGGUAACUCUAUCAAGCAUUUUUUUUACUAUCAAGCACUAAGAAUAGUCGAGCGUUGCUGUCCUACUGACAGCUCUUGUUAUUUUUAGCUUAACUAUUCGAUAAGAAUAAGUAGAGCUAUUGUUGUCACCCGAGCGUCGGCAUAACCACUUAUGUUAAAAGUUUUUGUAAUACCUCAAAUAUUUUCAAAGUCCAAUGACAUUUGGCCAUGAAACUUUGCACACUUGUUCACCAUCAUGAUCCCAAUCUGUAGACAGGAGGAGGUAACUGUAUCAAGCAUUUUAACAGAAUUAUGCCCCUUUUUCUACCUGAAAUUUACGUUAAAGUUUUUGUAAUACCUCAAAUAUUUUGAAAGUCCAUUGACAUAUGGCUUUGAAACUUUGCACACUUGUUCACCAUCAUGACCCUAACCUGUAGACAGGAGGAGGUAAUUGUAUCAAGCAUUUCGACAGAAUUAUGUCCCUUUUUCAACUAAAAAUUUACAUUUAAGUUUGCAUACCACCACAGAUAUUUUCAUAUUCUAUUGACAUCUGGCUUUGAAACAAGUUGAAAUUUUAUACUCCUUUAACAGCAUAAUAGGACUCUCUUCGAGGCCUAUAACUGUAACAUGGUUUUAAAGAAAAUUUAACCCUUUUGUUAACUUAGAAAAUUUUACAUUAUCAAAGCUUUUUUACUGUCAAGCACUAAGAAUAGUCGAGCGUUGCUGUCCUACCGACAGCUUUUGCUUAUGUAUCUCAGAACUGACCUCAUUUUUUAGCUCACCUGUCACAAAGUGACAGGGUGAGCUUUUGUGAUCGCUUUUCGUCCGGCGUCCGUAAACUUUUACUUUAAAUGACAUCUCCUCAUAAACCACUAGGCCAAUUUCAUCCAAACUUCACAGGAAUGUUCCUUUGGUGGUCACCUUUAAAAAUUGUUCAAAGAAUUUAAUUCCAUGCAGAACUCUGGUUGCCAUGGCAACCGAAAGAAAAAACUUUAAAUAUCUUCUUUUAAAAAAUCCUAAGAGCUAGAGCUUAGAUAUUUGGCAUGAAACAUCUUCUAGUGAGUGUCUACCAAGUUUGUUCAAAUAAAAGCCCUGGGGUCAAAAUUGGCCCCGCCCGGGUGGUCAUUGAUUUUCCUUGUAUGUGUAUAGCAAAAACUUAAAAAAUCUUCUUUGAAAAAACCCAAAUAGCUAGAGUUUAGAUAGUAAGCAUGAAACAUCUUCUAGUAAGUGUCUACAAAGUUCAAAUAAAAGCUCUGGGGUCAAAACUGGCCUAGCCCCAGGGGUGUCAUUGUUUUUAACUAUAUGUGUAUAGUAAAAACUUAAAAAAAUCUUCUUUUAAAAAGCCCAAUGAGCUAGAGCUUAGAUAUUUAGGAUGAAACAUCUUCUUAUAAGUGUCUACCAAGUUUGUUCAAAUAAAAGCCCUGGGGUCAAAAUUGGCCCCACCCCAGGGGUCAUUGAUUUUCCCUAUAUGCAUAUUGUAAAAACUUAAAAAAUCUUCUUUUAAAGAACUCAAUGAGCUAGAGCUAAGAUAUUUAGCAUCAAACAUGUUCUAAUAGGUUUCUACCAAGUUUGUUCAAAUAAAAGCCCUAGGGUCAAAAUUGGCCCUGCUCCGGGGGUCAUUGAUUUUCCUUAUAUGUGUAUAGCAAAAACUUGAAAAUCUUCUUUGAAAAAACCCAAAUAGCUAGAGUUUAGAUAUUAAGCAUGAAACAUCUUCUAGUGAGUGUCUACAAAGUUUGUUCAAAUAAAAGCCCUGGGGUCAAAACUGGCCCCGCCCCAGGGGUGUCAUUGUUUUUAACUAUAUGUGUAUAGUAAAAACUUAAAAAAAAAAAAUUCUUUUAAAAAGCCCAAUGAGCUAGAGCUUAGAUGUUUAGCAUGAAACAUCUUCUUAUGGGUGUGGGGAGGGGGGGGGGCUACAGGUGAGCGACCUCAGGGCCAUCAUGGCCCUCUUGUUUAUAAAUUAUAUGAGCAAAAUAAAGUAUUUGUAAAAUAUCAUUUGUGUCUUAGCAUUUUGUAGCUUUCUCAAACAUGAAUAUAUUGGUGCAUAAUAAUGUUAAAAUGGUGUAAAAAUCAUAACACACAUACACACUUAGAAGAGCAAAACAUCCUUUCUUGCAGAAUUGC